UAAAAUUUGGUAACGAAUCCGUGUACAAAUAGUAGUAUUAUUCUUUAGGAAAACAAAACCCCUGAGAAACUCAAGAGCGAGAGAACCACAAAGCGUAACAAAGAGAGUAUGAAUGGUUUUUCAAUCAAAUCCGAUGAUAAAAAGGAGGAGAAGCCAGCAACAGCCAUGUUAGCACCCGCACCCAAACCAAACGCUUCUUCCAUGGAAACGCAAUCUGCAAACGGCGGAAGCGGUAAAAAAGUGCGACGGAAACGCAACUGCAAAAUCUGUAUCUGUUUCACUAUCCUCUUGCUUCUCCUCAUCUUUGUAGUUAUCCUCAUCUUAGCUUUCACUCUCUUCAAACCAAAACGCCCAGUCACAACCAUUGAUUCCGUAACCGUUGAUCGUCUCCGAGCUUCCGUCAAUCCUCUCCUUCUCAAAGUCAUCCUAAACCUAACGCUCAACGUCGAUCUCUCUCUGAAAAACCCUAACCGCGUCGGGUUUAGCUACGAUUCGUCUUCGGCGUUGUUGAAUUACAGAGGCCAAUUGAUCGGUGAAGCUCCUCUUCCGGCGAACCGAAUCGCGGCGCGGCAAACGGAGCCGAUGAAUUUAACGUUGACGCUAAUGGCGGAUCGGUUACUCUCUGAAUCGCAGCUUUUAUCUGACGUCAUGGCUGGCGUCAUUCCGCUUAACACUUUUGUUAAGGUCUCUGGUAAAGUAACUGUUCUUAAAGUCUUUAAGAUUAAAGUCCAAUCGUCUUCUUCGUGUGAUCUAACCAUCUCUGUUUCGGAUCGUAAUGUUACGAGUCAACACUGUAAGUAUUCGACUAAGUUAUAAGCAGAUCGCGAAUCGCAUAAGUUAUAGAUUCUAGUACAACACUUUGUCUUCUUGUUUUGUUUUUGGUAUUUUAAUUGGUUUGUAUUUAUCUCUACGUAUGUUUAAAUUAAAUCAAUAGAGAUUUGCUUUUGAUUUUUUUUCA